AUGCUUUUGGAACGACCACUCUCGUUUAAGCGCGCCUCUGCGCGCCAAACAUUCUAUCCUUACCCAGACUCGCCCGCACUAGGAGAACAAGACCGCAGAUCAAUGUCCACAACUGGCGGAGCUUUGCCUCGGCGAGAAACGUACAGGAGCGGUGUGUAUUCAUUGCUUCCUCAAAAGACCGGGGAGCAGCUUGCCCGCACACGCGAUGACGACGGAUCCGGCGACGAAAGGGACCCAGCAGAGAUUGAAGCUGCAUAUCUGAACCUGGUUGGAGGAGGAGGUAAUCGCUCGCGAAACAUCAGCUCCGAACUGUCGUUCGGCAUGUCUGGCGACAAGGAUGUUCCAGAUUACUCGAUCGAGGACUCGAAGAGGAGGACAAACUAUUAUGAAGAGCAGUUCCAAUACAAGGGCAAUGGCUUGGGCAGUGUGCGUGAGAGAAUCGAAAAGGACUCUCCAGUCGUAGCCGAGCUGCGUACCAAUGUCAUUGUCAAGGAUGAAUUCACUCUCGUCACCGACAUGUCGUACAAUCUCAGCCAGCGCUAUUCACGUCCUGAGAGCAGCAUCAUGGUCAACGUCGAGCACUCUGCUUGUUUGCUGCUCGCUGGCUCUUUCGAACCAGCAUACAUCCUCACCAUCACCGCCCUUCCAUCUCAACUACAGCCUGUUACCAACAAGCGCAACUCGGCCCUCAUCCAAUCCUUCAUGGCAGACAUCCUUGCUGUCCCACCAGAAAGAGGCAUCCUUCGGUUCCAGCCCAUUGCCGAGGAGAACCUUGCCACAAACGGCACCACUGUCUUUGGAGAGAUUGAGCGCAUCGAGAAGAGCAGUAUAGAGUCUGAUGUAACGGCCGCAAACGCCAUCAAACGUGCCUGGACCAGAGGGUCGCGAAGAUCAGUACAUGCAAAGAAGCCUUCAAUCAGGAAUACCGACGAUGUCCCUUCGGCACUCCCACAGGUUGCAAACACACAUCUACCCACCACCAGCCACUCUCGUCAACCUAGUCAGAACCUGUCGCAGUCUGCUGUCUCCUUGACCUCACAUCCGGGCCCUGCAUUCAUCGCUAGUGCAACAUCUCCCGUGCUCGAGGAGAAGGAAAAACCGCCACCGCCUAAGGAACUGCCACCUAAUAGGGAACUACCUCCCACUCCAAUUGGCACGCCAAACGGCGAAGACAAGCGUAAAAGCAACUUGAACGGCAUACUCAAGAACGUAUCUGGUUCACCUCGACCCGUCUCGUCAAGUUCUCCCAUGCCUAAACCACCGCCGAUACCACAAAGCGCGUCCCCCGUCAGUCCCAAGGUGGCCAAGAGAAAGAGUUUUGUUUCCAUCUUCAAGCGGGAUAAAUGA